AAAUUUUCAGCUUUUUCUAACCUCAUUUUUCUCUCUCGGUUUCGCUCCGAGCUUGCAUUCGCAGCAGUGUGUGCGCUUCCCUUUCUUUUUUUUCUCUCCACGCGCAGAGCGCCUGGCGGCCUCUGGUGGCCGGAUUGUGUACGAAGCGGGAAAGAAAUUCGGGAUGUUUCGGGAGCACGUGGAAGGGAACGCUGGAGGAGAGAGAGCGACGGCGGCUGGAAGCUGUUUUUUUUUUUUCUCUCCCCAAGACGGCAGUGGUGGUUCCGACCGAGGAGGGAGAGCGGCACGGUGGCGAAUCUUCCCGCCCGAACUCGCAUCACUUCGCGCCGACGCUCAGUCGCCCGCAGGCGGUGUUCGAAUGCGUGGAGCACGGCCAGUGACUUCGCCCCGUCCCGGAUCGCGCUCAUCGCGGUCUCACUUAAGCGCGCGUGCUGUGCUUAAGGGAGCGUCGGGAAGCGUCCGCACGUGGCUCUCCCUCGGCGUCAUCUCCGGUGCCCGCGAAAGGCCGUUCUGCUGCCUCUCGACUUUGACAACGCCAGUAGCACGUGCGGUUACGAUAUAGAGUCUCGUUUCUUUCGCGCUUUCGGGACCGCUGUUCCCUAGGAGGUCUGCUGAGCUUGCGUUUAGGGGACCGCCUGGAAAACCUCCCGUUUCCAAAAAAAAGGGUCCGCUGCAGCCCACAAAGGAAGCUACAAGUCUUCGUCUCACGUUUCUAAGAGGCCCCGAUUUUCGUGGACAAGUACCCCAGUGACGCUGCAAAAGACGCUCGGGCGGAGCAAUCGCCGACCCUCAAUCGGCAGGCUAAACUCACCUGUAAGAUUCAACACCCCACCACCGCGGGACCUUCUCGGAGCGCUUGACGUGUUGUCGGUCGCCCGAUGAACAGUGGUCGAGGACUGUAUGCAAGUUGCUAAUUUGGACCUCGGUGAGCACUGGAUAAAAUAAGAAGCUCGGGAAGAAGUUCAGCAAAGCAGUUUCGAUUGCUCCUGUUGUCUCCGUUAAACAGAGCGCCGCAGUUGUGGGGCCAAUGGAACCGGUCAGCGGUUAGCAUCGCUAUGAGAUGCUUGCGUGCCGCCCUGCUCCAAUGUAUGCUCUGCCUCAGCAUGGAACUAACCAGGCAAGAACCUUUAGACUUCGAAUCAAUUCUGCCCGAGAAUCCAACCGAGUACGACAGCCUUGAUCCUCCAAAGGAAAACGGAAAGCCUACUGUAGUCAGCUUCCACGUGACGGUGCUCAGCUUGGAUUCCAUCGACGAAGGAUCAAUGACGUACGUGGCGGACAUCUUCAUGUCACAGACGUGGCGCGACCACCGGUUGCGGCUACCACGGAACAUGACGGCCAAGUACCGCCUGCUUCCCGUCAGCUGGUUGCAGCGAAUGUGGAGACCCGACACGUUCUUCAAGAACGCCAAGGGCGUCACUUUUCAAGAAAUGACCAUCCCCAACCACUACAUAUGGCUCUACGCGGACAGGCGCAUCCUGUACAUGGUCAAGUUGACCCUGUUGCUGUCAUGCGCAAUGAAGUUCGAGACCUACCCUCACGACACCCAGAUAUGUACGAUGAAGAUUGAGAGCAUCUCGUACACGACCGACGACCUGGUGUUCGCAUGGGAGGACGAAGUGCCCCUCGUUGUGGACGAAUCCAUCGAGCUGCCCCAGCAUAACUUGGUCUCGACAACAAUGGGCGACUGCACGCAGCUUUACUCGACCGGCAACUUCACCUGCAUCCAGCUAGUGUUCACGCUCAAGCGACGGCUGGGUUACUACAUGUUCCACACGUACAUUCCAACCUGCCUCAUUGUCAUCAUGUCCUGGAUCUCUUUCUGGAUUAAGCCCGAGGCUGUGCCAGCCAGGGUCACCCUGUGCGUCACCAGCCUGCUCACGCUGUCCACGCAGCAUGCCCAGUCACAGAAGUCCCUUCCGCCGGUGUCCUACAUAAAGGCCAUCGACAUCUUCAUGUCCUCCUGUACAGUGUUCGUGUUCGCCUCGCUCAUGGAGUACGCGCUCGUCAACAUCCUGAUGGGGGAGACGGAGGGCGACGAAGGGGCUCGUCGCAGGAGCAUCCGGAACGUCGUCAUCUCGCCGCGAAUGUCGGAGAACAACGCUCUGCCCAACGGAACCAAAGUUCCGAAGCCGCCCGAAACAAUUGCCGGAGAGUGCCGGCAGAGGGCAAUGCUUGUCGACAAGAUCAGUCGCAUCGUGUUCCCGACAUCGUUCGUCCUGCUGAACUGCGUCUAUUGGUCUCUGUACAUCGACUCCUGAGGAGCGCGCUCCAGCGACACACUUGUCGUGGUCGCGCCGCUUCACAAUGGCCUCCAUCACUUGACACCAACCGACCUCAUCCGGGCAGAUCCCGGUGCCGUUGGCCCGCGCUGAAAUAACGGAUGAAACCGAAGAACCACUCGUAGGAAAUUGCCACGAGAUAUCUGUAUGCCUGCUCGUAGCUGUUUUCAGCCGCAGUAACAGAGCGUAUUUCGACAUCCUCUUCUUGAUAUUUUCCCGCAAACUGUACAUAGCAAAACGAACGCGGUAAUCGCCUUAUGAUGCUGUGAAAGUGUUAAAUACGCGUGCCUGUGUGACUGAGAAACUUUGUUCAUGGUGCUCGCAGACGGCUCGGUGAUGGGAUUUUUCGGUGAAUGAGAAGACAUGUCUUUCUUUGGAUUCGUCAUUGAGGAAAGAAGCACUUCGACAGCCAGCUUUUCUUGCAUCUCUUUUGAGACUGCUGUGAAAACGUGCCGGUAUGUUCUUUUACGGACGCCUUACUAUUUGGCGUUUACAGCAAUGUCGGCGGUACAAUUUUUAGGACUGUAUAAGUGGAACUUACUUUGUAGAGUAAAGUGUUUUGUUGUGAAACGUCGAAUAAGUGCACAACUUGAGCCUCCACUCUCGAAGCAGCAUAAAUAACCUUCGCUCCCAACAGUAAUACCAUUAAGAAACAUCUCCCUUUUUAAACAAUAUCUGCAGGCAUUUUUCUCGGCUUAUCAUUAGAUGACUCCCGAGAGCCAAACCUAAUCGAAGGCGAAGAUUAUUUGAGAUUUAUUUCAGCUUUUUGUGUCCUUCGUGUUCGUCUCGAGCUGUGUGUCUUACGUAAUGUAGUGUUUUUGUGAAAGUGCAACAAUGUGAACACGUCCUUCGUCCUCUAACGCAUAGUUCACUGCGCGCUCUGGCUGACCUGUUAACGGUGUGUGAAUAUUAUUCAUAUUGCUAAGAAUCAAAUGCAGUGUUAUUUAACUCAAAACAAGCGCAGCAGACUCAUUUCAACUAAAACCCUGGUUGGGUACGCAUGAGGACCCACGCGCAAUUGAUGUCCGCCGUGCAAGCUGGAAUGGCGCCAGCUACUGUUGUUAUUGACAGGGGUGCGAACUUUCCCUUUACUUGAGCUGUUGUGGGUCCACUGGGUCUACAUUUCGGCACACAUUUCCCUCCACAUUUUUGUUUGCAUGGGAAGCGCACCAAUCUCUGGCGCUCUUGCUUCUACCUCAACGUUUGUGUGUUGUCCUAAAAAUAAUUACUCAGGUUGUGCACACUCAUUCUGCUUGCUUUGAAAGUUCCUGCAUUACGGCGACAACGGAACAUCGCUGCUUCACUUGACCGUCAGGUUUUUUAUUGUUGUACGCAUCACUGCAGCAAAUGUAGAAAAAUUUCGCAGUUUAGGCUCGUCAAAAGAGAAUUCCUCCUGGAGAACAUUUCAAUUUUACGGUAAAAUCAAUUUUUAUUUUUCUUCAUGACCAGAAGGCUAUUUCUUUCUCCAACUGCGCCACAGUAAGGGAUAGAGCGCUUUCCAAGUGCAUUUCUUUUAGCAUUUAAGCUGCCAAUAUGACACUUUUCUAUUUAUUUGGAAACGCUAACGACCAAGAGCGUGCAUCCUUAUUCAAGAUGCUCAGCUGAGCUCCAGAACAUUUGCGUCGCACAUCACACAUCUCUUGCUGGCCCGAUACAGAAGUCAGCUUGCCUACACUUUGGGUUUUGUUGCCCUAUAUAUAGAGAUGACGCCGAGAAACUGACAACUGGGGAGAGAAUGCAUACGCUGGAUGUGCAGAAGUCGUUAGGAAAGCGGCUGUAUGUUGACAUACAUAUUUAAAUAUCCUUUGCGAUGGCUUUUGGGUGGCCUUUAGGGGGCCUUCGUCAGAAACAGCACUGAAGCACGGGCAGAAACACGCUCUCUCGUUUCUGUAGUUUUUCUUUAUGAAGUCGGUGACACAGAAAUCAGAAACAGGUAUAUUAUGACAUUUCACGAGGAGUUAGUCUAUAGCAAUUCUGCCCCGUUCGCUCUAGCAGGAAAAUGUACUUCGUCACACGCCCUUAUGACUUUUGCGGGUCCACGCCUUUUAGCACGUGUUGACCUAUUUUGUUUUAAUAUCCUGAAUGACGACUAAAUUAAUGACGUUGCUUAGUCUUUCUCGUGUGGGAAUAACUACGAGUGUAAAAGAUGAUGAUAUAUCGAAGUUUUAGUAGGGCUAAACUUCAAUCCGGUCUACUGCGAUAAGCAGUAUUGAGUCAUCAAACCAUGUCGGCGUUUCAGUGAAUCGAGUACUCCGUUGCUCUCGUAGAUGCUCACUCGCCUUCACGGUGAUGUCACACCCGACGCCACAGUGAGCAAGUCUGCCUGGCGUGGAAAGCUAGUGCGCAGGGCUUUGCAUGCGGUGGCACUGACUACAACACUGAAUGAGUCGUUCAACUUGCACGCUCUAGUCAGCUUGUCUUUGGUGGAGCAGUGGUGACUCUACCUAAGAGACGAAAGUUAAUAGGGUCUAAUAAAGCGGAGGCAUGGUCUAUCACAUCAGCUUAGCGAGGGUGAAGAUAGCUGAGACGUGCCAUGGUGCUAGGAAGGAACGGGCGGGUUCUUCUCGAAAAUGCCUCACAAUGCUUGCGCAUCGUUGAGGCUGGCUCGGAAGGUGAGUCGUGUCAGUAUUCGGACUUACUAGGGUGUGAGGAAGAUAGGAACUCGUAGCCCAAUGGAUAGGAUUGCUGUAGCGCUACUCAGGAUGUCGAGGAGAGAUUAUGCUAUAAAGGAAUCGUCUAAAGUACGUGCUGAGGUGUGGCACUGAAAAGUUGAAAACGUGGCAAAUGGCUCAAUAUUUUUCUGAGUAUGUCGCUGUUUCUUCAGCAAGCACAUACCAUGCAUGAAUAGUAUACCCUAUAUGGUAAGAAACCAGGUUUGGUGCAUGCUUCUCUCAAGAAAAAGCAGUGGUGAAAUAUCCUCAGACUGAUUUUUAUCCCCACGAGUCAGCGGAGAAGUGGCCAAGCAAAUGUGUGAAUAUUGUUGAUUAAGGUUCACAAACCUCACUGUUGUGUUCUUUUGACACCAAUGGUUGAAAGUUCAAGCAACAGUAUUCCCGAUGCCGCUCGUAAAGGCACAUCUCGUUACUGGUGUGCUUAGGAGGACACAUAUGCAGUAUUCAUUUGUUUACGACUUGAGCCCUAGAUAUUUUGAAAUAAUUUCUCUAAUGUAGGUUCUUAGCGCUGCCAGACAGUAAAAUACUCUUCUGAAUAUAAGGAACCAGUGAUUGAGAACUGAAUACGUUUGUCAUUAAAGGGUGAGCAAUCAGGAAGUUCUCAUUUCAAAAUGGGAAAUAGAGCAAUAUACAAAGCGCUUAGACCAUAGCUGUUCUGCAGGGUUGUCACAUUAUAGGUUGAAUGUUCAUUUGCAGACUAUACUACAAAUUUAGUUAUUGUGCAACCAUAAAAUUUCCAUUCAGAGGUUGUGUAUGGCGAACGGUGUUGCAGGAAACAUUGGAAGUACGAAUACUUCGGGGUGCCUUGUGUGUUAGCAGCCAUUGAAUAUUUUUCGCUUGUGCGCAGUAUAUCUAAUACUUAUCACGGAAUUUAGUAGUUGACGCCACUCUUUACCUGGAAAUGUAGUCAGUUUACAGGAUUAUAUAGUAACUUAGUUUUUACCAUCGUGCCGUAUGAAAUCUUUGAAAUUGUGUUAUUAUAUAUAAGAAAGCAGUGGUAAUGACACUUUUCUUUCUUCCUAGCCCAGCUACUCUGUAGUCUUCUUAGAACUGGACUUAUGUGGCUUCGAUGCUCCUUACCGCACAGUCACAUGACAUGGUGAAUUCGCCUACAAGUACAUAUCUAGUUCCAUUCUCAAAAUGAAUACAAAUACGCCUAAAUGCGAUAGCAUCAAUUCCUUCGUAAAACAAUGCUAUAUCUCGUAGCGGGCACCGCUGUGCUUUCAUCCGUGUUUAAAUUUUAAUAUUAAACUUCCUGCAUCAAAUUUCACCAAGUAGAUUUUCUUGACGUACUCAAUAAUAGCGAGAACCGUAAUUGCCUUUCUUGUUUUUCCCUGCACAUUAUAUCCUUUCUUACCUCCCUUGAAUCUCAUUAACCUAAACAUGCCUUAAGUCUCAGAAAUAGUCCUUUCAGGUUCUUCACUUCAUAAUCUUCUAUUUAGUGAAACACUACGUAGAAAUGGCUGUGCGCAUCAAUAUAUAUUUAACGGUACCAGCAAUACCUUAGACAGUGAAAACAGCGUACGUUUGCGUGCUGCUGAGGUAUUUAUUCAAGGUAUGAACCAAGCGCACAAUAAGAAUAUUUCUAUUUUUCUGAGAAGCACAAUCUUGGUGUAGGUGAGAAGUUAACAAUCCCUCAAUGGACAUACACUUUGAUCUUAUAUAUGUCUGCUGCGUUUUUCUUUUCAGUACAAAACAUUUUCUUGUGAAAAGCGCUAAUAAAUGCCUGUUCUUCAACUAA